AUGGGAAAAUGGGAUUCCGGAAGGGAGCGUGUGCUUCUUUCUCGGGCUCUCUCUCUUCCCCUCCCUCCGCGCUCUCCCUCUUCCCCUCCGCGCUCUCCCUUUUCCCCUCCGCGCUCUCCCUCUUCCUCUCCGCGCUCUCCCUCUUCCCCUCCGCGCUCUCCCUCUUCCCCUCCGCCCUCUCCCUCUUCCCCUCCGCGCUCUCCCUCUUCCCCUCCGCGCUCUAGCCUCCGCCGCUGCUGCUAUCGCUACUGCCGCCGCUGCCUCCUCCAGAUCUACCGCUCCAGAUCGCCAAGCCUAAAUCACCAAGCCGCUCCAGAUCCGCUUCAGAUCCGCUCCAGAUCUGCUCCACAACGUCACCGCCGGUGCCUUCCCGCUGCGUCCACAACGUCACUGCCACUGCCGCCAUCGUCGCGUGGUCUUCCUGCUGCCGCUGCCUCCCCGCUGGGUUCUUGCUGCACCGCCGUGGCGCGUUGUCUCUGUUGCCGCAGUUGCUCCCACGCUCCCACGGUCCUGGUCAUCGCGGCAGUGGUCAUCGCAGCAGUGGUCCUGUGGCUUGUUAUGGACUCUUGGACUUCAAAGGAGGGGGAACAUAGAUUCAUCAUCCAGCUUUGACUCUGUUCUGAAUUGGGUUUUUUGGUCUCUUUUGCAGAUGAAACAUGUUACAAAAAAAUGAUGAGGGUUCUGUUUAAUCUUGUGUGAAUUGUUUCAAAAUGGUGGAAGAGUGUAGCAGGAUAAAAAAAAAAAAAGCUUACGACAUCGGUUAUAAUGAAACGAGACGUAAUCGUAUCCUUUACGCCGCGGUUCAUAAUCGAGGCAUAAAAUGUACACUUUUAACCUCGUCUGAAUAUGCACCGGUUGUAGAACCGGUGCCUAUAAACAAAAGCAACCGGUGCC